GCGGUCGCUGUUCGUGUGACCCGGAAGCAGUAGUGCUCGGAAUCUGCGCACAGCGAGCAGCGUCGGUCCAGCUGGAGGCCUGGAGCCCGGGGAGAGAGUCCCGGCUGUGAACGGAGCCUCCCCCGGUUCCCGAUGGAAAGCCCUCCGUGCUCCUGCUCUUCAGCUACUGCUUCCUGUAUCACAUGACGCGCAGCGCGCCUGCGGAUUGGCUGUCGCGACCCUCACUUGUUGCUGUACAGUCAGGACGGGAUGCUGUACUGAGGUUAUAAAGCUGCUUAAGAAGUCAAACGGUAUGCUAACAUGGUACGAGAUUGACGUCCUAAUGCUGCAGCAAAGGCUAAGGAGAUUAAUGGCCAGAUCUAUUGAUCCCAUGGUCUUCUAAAGAAGCAAUGGGAAGCUGUUGUAGCUGUCCAGAUAAAGAAACUUUCCCAGAUAACCACCAAAACAAGUUUAAGGUUAUUAAUGUGGAUGAUGAUGGUAAUGAGCUGGGCACUGGAGUAAUGGAGCUAACAGAAAAUGAGCUCAUUUUGUAUACACGGAAGCGAGACUCUGUUAAAUGGCCUUACCUUUGCCUGCGCCGAUAUGGAUACGACUCUAAUCUUUUCUCUUUUGAAAGUGGGAGACGCUGUCAGACUGGACAAGGAAUAUUUGCGUUUAAAUGUGCUCGUGCCGAGGAGCUUUUCAACAUGUUGCAAGAAAUCAUGCAGAAUAAUAGUAUAAGCGUUGUGGAAGAACCAGUGAUUGAAAGAAAUCCUCAAACAGAGCUGGACGUGCCAAGAACCCCACGUACUCCAACAACUCCUGGCUUUACUGCUUCAAAUUUACCCAAUGGAUAUCCCCGUUACCCAUCCUUUGGUGAUGCAUCUUCCCACCCUUCUAGUAGACAUCCAUCAGUGGGUAGCACACGCCUACCUUCUGUAGGAGAGGAGUCCACCCAUCCACUGCUUGUUCCUGAUGAACAUGUGCACACAUAUGUUAACACGACUGGUGUACAGGAGGAUGCAAGGCCCAGCGUACCCGCACCACUUGAGCAAAGUCUUUCAAAUCCAGAAGGAAGUGUUAGCCGAGCAGAUCCUAUUCCUAUUCCUGACAGAGACCCCCAUGUUAUACUAGAACCAGAAGGUGUGAAGUUUGUUUUAGGACCAACUCCGGUUCAGAGACAAUUAAUGGAAAAAAAGAAACUGGAGAAACUUGAGGAGGAACAAAGCAGUGGAAAGGUUGAAAGCAAUAGCUGUCCAAAUAGCACAGAGGGGGACACUGGUUAUGACAGUGAUGAACGCAGAGAUACACCUUCUGGCAACAAAAUGGUAUAUGAAAACGUUAAUGGUUUGUCAAUUCCUCCAUCUGUGGCAAGAAGAGGACGUAUCCCACCGCCUAUCUCCACAGAUGUGCAAAACAUCAACAACUCUGCCCAGAGGAGGACUGCAUUAAUAAACUAUGAAAACCUACCAUCUCUCCCUCCUGUUUGGGAAGCCCGAAAAUCCAGUAAGGAGGAUGAUGACCCUUUAGGACCAAAGACACCAUCUCUAAAUGGUUUUCACAAUAACCUAGACCCAAUGCAUAACUAUGUGAACACAGAGAAUGUGACUGUUCCACUAAGUGCUCACAAAAUUGAGUUUUCUAGGCGUCGAGACUGCACACCAACUGUUUUUAAUUUUGAUAUAAGGCGCCCAAGUUUAGAGCACAGGCAGCUUAACUAUAUACAGGUUGACUUAGAAGGUGGUAGUGACUCUGACAACCCUCAGACACCUAAGACCCCAACCACUCCACUCCCUCAAACUCCUACCAGACGCACGGAACUGUAUGCUGUAAUAGACAUUGAAAGGACUGCUGCUAUGUCCAACCUGCAGAAAGCACUGCCACGCGACGAUGGUACUUCUAGAAAGACUAGGCACAACAGUACUGAUCUACCCAUGUGAGCCUCAAGUCAUUUGCACCUUUUUUUUGCAUAUUUCUCAAAAAAACACAGAAGAAAAAUGUAGAAAAAAAACUCACUUCUUAAACACUAACACGUUUUCAUAGAUUUAAUUUUUUUUCCAUGUGCUUUUGUCUAAAGGGAAUUUAUGUAGAGCAGGUACUCCUAAAAUAUUGUUCACUUUACAGUAGCAGUAGGUACUGUAUAGUUGCAGAGCUGUAUUACCUCUUAUAUCUAUUUCAUUGGUUUGCAGUGACAUGCCAGUUUUCUUUUUACCAACAUACUAAACCUUUGCAUCUAGACUGUUGCCAUUUGAAGCUACAGUAAAAAGUUUUAUUUUUGGGAUGUAAUUUACAGUACGAAUGUGUGAAGUUAUAUACGAGUAUUUUUAUACUAACUUUUUAUGAUUCCAGAAAUUUGCCAAAUUUUUUUGUCGCACCAGCAUUUUGAAUUGGGGGACAUUGGUACGACUGUUUUAACUGUGUUAAAUUGUGCUGGAUUACAGCCUUACAACAUGCUACACCCACACUGGCAUGUUGCAUUUUGCACAUUAAGCACUAUUCGGGCUAUUCUUCCAAAGUGGCCACCUGCGUUUUACUUUCCACUGCAGGGGAUGGGUUGCAAGAGGAAAAUGGCUCUGUGCGUGGGAUUUCGGUAUUUUAAAGGGUACUCUGGUGGAAAACAUUUUUUAAAUGAACUGGUUAAAUCAACUGGUGCCAGAAAGAUAAACAGAUUUGUAAAUUACUUCUAUAAAAAAUUAUUUUAGUACUUAUUAGCAGCUGUAUGCUACAGGGGAAAUUAUUUUCUUUUUGAAUUUCUUUUUUGUCUUGUCUCCAGUGCUCUCUGCUGUCAAGACAAAAAAAAAAUUUCCUCUGUAGCAUACAGCUGCUAAUAAGUACUGAAAGGAUUAAGAUUUUUGAAUAGAAGUAAUUUACAAAUCUGUUUAACUUUCUGGCACCAGUUCAUUUAAAAAAAAAAGUUUUCCACCGGAGUACCCCUUUUAAGUUACAAUAUGUCAGGGUUGCAUUUAUUUAAUGCAGACAUAUACAUUUGUAUAAAGGCCAAAAAGUUUCCCCUUUUUAUCACAUUGUAUGAUAUUGUAAGAUUAUUGUAUGUUCCUAAUUCGCAUUAUAAAUUUAAUUUUUCAUACUUUAAAAAUAUAUAAAUAGUAAGUUUGUAUAAAGGUAGUAUAGACAAUUUGGAAUUAUUUCCUUUUUUUAUUUUUAAAGAUGUUAUGUAGAUGUGCAUUGCCAAAAUUUUUUUUUUUUUAAAUGAUACCUUAGAUUUAUAUCUGCACUAAACAUUCCAUGAUACUGUCUUGAACUGUGACCCUUCUAAUGCUCAGAAGUGUGUAGCAUGGUAAUGGCCAGCCUGUGUUUAUAGCGGCUCUUGCAGACGUUGCACCUGUCCCAUGACUCUAAGCCAUCCGAUUGCUGAAGGUUGGCCACCCUCUAGCAUAAUGCAGUGCAGAGCCACAUGCUGCUGUUCUGUUUUUUUUAUUUUUUCCUUUUUUUUUUUUUUUUGCACUGAAGGGUUCGAGCAAAGUGAUACUAUGCAGAAAACAUCAUUUUUACGUAAAAAAAAAAACUGUGCUCCAUUCUGAAUAAUAGUGUUUAAUUUAAAUCUUGGUGUGCACCAGGUACUGUGUAAAGUACUGAUAUUGCUUAUCAGAUGUUCAUUAAAAUAUAUAUUUUUUGAUAUUGACAGCAUUGUCAUUUCAUUGGUGCCAACAUCAUUUUGUAGCAUGGCAAUAAAAUACUGAUUA